AUGGAUUCAACAAUAUCAAUUGAAGAACAGGCAUUAGAAAAAAGAAAAAUCUUGAAUGAAGCCAUUUUAAGUGGCGAUUCUCAAGUGCAGAAGUUUUAUGAUGACGCAGUCGUGUUCGUCACGGGUGGAUUAGGCUUCAUUGGCAAGCAGCUGAUCGAGAAAUUGAUGCGGUCAGCAAAUAUAAGAAAAAUGUAUAUGUUGGUGCGUCCGAAGAAAGGAAAAAGUGUUGUAGAAAGAGUUAAUCAUGUUUUAAAGAACCCGGUAUUUACAAUUCUGCGCAAUGAUAAUCCUAGUUUCGUGGACAAAAUAGUGGGAAUUGAAGGCGACGUCUCUGAGAUUAAUCUUGGAAUUGAUGAAAAGACAUGGGCCAUGCUCACCGAUGAGCUGAAAAUUGAUUUGAGCCAAUUUGCUAAAGCUGUUAAAUCUUCUCUGUGA